AUGUUCGUCCUGCUCUGGGGCAAGGUCCACGGAGUCUUCAACAUCAAGUGGGUCUACAUCUUCAAUAUCUUUCUGUUUGAGGCAGGCAGCGCGCUCUGCGGCGCUGCCCCUAAUAGCGAGGCCCUCAUCAUUGAUCGUGUCAUCGCCGGUGUCGGUGGCUCAGGCAUGUACUCGGGUACUCUGACCUACGUCUCGGUCCUGUCCAACGAACAGGAGAAGCCUGCAUAUCGUGCUGGAAGUACCGUCAUUUGGGGUGUCAGUAGCGUUCUCGGUCCUGUAGGCGGUGCCUUUGCAGCGAGCAGUGCCCCCUGGAGGUGGAGAUUUUACGUUAACCUGCCUGUCGGCGCUGCAUUCGCUCCAGCCUACUUCCUCCUCUUUCCAAGUGUCGACCCUCACCCCUCCAACUGA